AAGUUGGUUGUGCAUCGUGAGACAAACGACGAGUUGUUGUUUUGGGUUGAGCAAAUUCUAGAUCCUCAGCCUAUUCAGCUAAGUUGUCUAAUCGACGGAUCCACUCGACAUCUGCGGCAGCUCCGGCGACUCCUCCCCCUGUACUUCUGGAAGAGGAUCAGCUAUGGUUCUCUCGUUUGGUUUGCAGGACUUCAUUCUCCGAGCUCGAGUGCUGAAACUGUAUAGGCAAGCACUAAGGACUACAAGGAGAGCACCUGGUGACGCUAGAGCUGACCUGAAACAAACAAUUAGACAAGAGAUGGAGAAUAACCGGCAUUGCAAUGACAAGCAAAGGAUUCGUUUUCUCAUCAGUGAAGGAUUAGAGAGAUUAAAACGUCUGGACGAGAUGCUCGAUAUGCAGGGACAUUCCCAGUGGACAUAACUGGGCACGUGUUGUGCAGAUGAUAUUCUGUGUUUCAAGAAACUGUAUUAAAUUUGUCAGUUUUAUGUUUUAUAAUUGAUAUUGUGUAACACAUGAACAAUAAAACCUUAAUUGCUUGUUUUGAUGCUUUCGCCUUUCGCAGUGGUGAUUGCCAGAAAAAUGCAGUGUCCGGGUUCAGGGCGAGUUUGCCUCUGCUUUUUUCUGUUUCUGAAAAUGUAUGUUCCUGCGUGGACUGCAAAAUAGUAUCUAAAGGUUGGCUUAAUUAGAA